GUUCUGCAUCAUCUCGUGCAUGAUCUUGGGACUGACCCUGUUACCACUCUUGUCCGUAAACAAGGUGGUAUCGAGCAGCACCCACAGCCAGCCAGUCGCCACAUGCUCAGCCGAUCAUCUUGCGCCAUUCUUUUGCAACGCAGUAUAAAAGGCGUCAUUCGACACCGAGCCGUGACUCCAAAAGCUCGCCAUCAGCCUGUCCUGGGUCACCCCCAACAGCUCCAUGCAGUACGCAUGCUGUGUCAUGCUGUCGAGGUCCCCUGUGACUACCGAUCCGACGACAGGAACCCCCAGUAUGGCCCUCACACUAACACAAGUCGGAUGGUUACCUUGAAUGGGUGCAAUUACCAUGUGUGGAAAGGGAAGAUGGAAGAUAUCUUGUAUGUGAAGGAUUAUUAUUUGCCCGUGUUUACCGAUGAGAAGCCGUCGGAUACAACCGAUAAAGAAUGGGAGCUUUGUCACCGUCAGGUGUGUGGCUACAUUAGGCAAUGGGUAGAUGAUAAUGUCCUCAACCACGUUAGUGAAGAAAAGCAUGCACGGAUCUUGUGGAAUAAACUCGAAGAGUUAUAUGCGCGGAAAACCGGGAACAACAAGUUGUUUUUGAUCAAGCAGAUGAUGGCUUUGAAGUACCAAGAUGGAAAGACUAUGUCAGACCACUUGAACACAUUCCAAGGAAUCAUUAAUCAGCUGGCUGGAAUGAAUAUCGAGUUUGACGAUGAAAUACAAGGGUUGUGGCUUCUUGGUACUUUACCGGACUCGUGGGAGACGUUCAGAACGUCCUUGUCUAACUCAGCCCCGAAUGGAAUUUGCUCCAUGGAUAUGGUGAAGAGCAGUGUCCUGAACGAAGAGAUGAGAAGAAAAUCACAGGGUUCUUCUUCACAGACGGAUGUAUUAUUC